CCUCUUGCCAAACUCCACAGGAAGAACUAUUUAGCCUUGRAGUAGCAGGCUUUGUUCACAGUUACACUUUGGGCAGGGUAGUUAAAAAUAAAAUUGUUAAUAAUAAGAAAAAACCUUAAGCAGUUGUUUCAGAACAAUCCUAACUCAUCAUGGCUUUUUUUGGACGACAGACCAGCUAUGGUUUUAUACCUGAGGUUGUUGACGAUCACAAGAUCGCUCCUGAUCAUCAGUCUUACUUCGGAUUUAAUCAUUUGUCUGUUCAUUUGGGAUCACCUAUACCAGAUUUGAAUCUCAACCAGCAGACCUUUGAAGGGUUUUCCAAACUGRACCCCAAUGCUGACUCCACGAACCRGUUUGAURCGGUUUUCAGUCCUCUUUUGGAUAUGCCUUCAGCUGUCAGCUCAGACACAUUUUUUCGCAUGUGGGAUUGUAAAAAUCUCUCACUAAACUUCUCUCCACACAAACCUCAGGAAAAUCAURGGAAUGAACAUCCUGACUGGGAAUUAUCAUCUGAAGAAGUACCAAAUGUGACAUUCCAGACAAAUUACUUUGAUUUUCUUCCUUUGUAUCAGAACUAUGUCCAGACGUCUGUGAGAGCUAAGGUGCACAAACUUGAAGAUGAUGUAUUUGAACUGAUAAAACCCCAGUCAGCUCAUCGUCUGGAAGGGAUGCCCCGUUCCAAGUCUAAACCUCUUGAAUCUCCUAAAUUUGAAAGUCUGCAAUUUACUCUAAGCCCUCAAAGCCAUAUUCAAGAUUCACCUCUUAAAUCUCCUUCUGAGGUUACUCUACCACGCCCUCCAUCUGAGUCUAAGGUGACCACCUGCAAUCUCUGGCAAGACUUGGAAGAAGUGAAAAAUUCUGACCUGCWCAGCAUCUUGACACCUAAAGAGAUCAGCCUUCAGGAGACCAUGUUUGAGCUGAUGAGCUCUGAAGCCUCCUAUUUGAAGAGCCUUGGUGUUUUGGUUCAUCAUUUCUAUGGAUCAAAAGCACUGAAGAAGACCGUGUCUGUGGAGCACGGGAUGGUGUUUUCCAAUGUUUGCCAAGUGUUUGCAGUCAGUGCAAGAUUUCUUCAGGACCUGGAAACUCGACUGGAAGAAAGCCUGUUUAUAUCUGAAGUUGGCGACAUUGUGCUCAGGCACUGUAAAGAUUUCCAUCAAACCUAUGCAACAUAUGUGACGAACUCAACAUACCAGACAGCCCUUGUCAACCAGCUGCUGGAGCAAAAUCACAACUUUGCACAUGUGCUGAAGAAGCUUGAGAGUGACCCAGUUUGUCAAAGACAAUCCUUCAAGUCAUUCCUGGUUCUUCCUUUCCAGAGAAUUACACGCAUUAAACUCCUCUUAGAGACCAUCCUGAAAAUGACUCAGCCAAACUCUGAUGCAGCCUUGAAUCUUGACAAAGCGAUCAAUGGCCUCCAUGAGAUACUGAUAUUUUGUGACAAGAAGAUCCAAAUAAAUAAACAGAUUGAGGAACUCAUUUGCCUGGAAAUGCUGAUGGACUAUAACGACAUUAAGUCGAUUCCUUUGGUCAUAAGCACUCGGUUUCUGAUCCGCCAAGGCCCUCUGAAACAGCUGACUAUUGUGGGCCAAAAAAGAUCCUUCAGUAAGAUCUUCCUCCACCUCUUCAACGACCUUUUGAUCUUCUCCUCAAAGAAGUAUCAAAGGUUCAUGGUGGUGGAUCACACUCAGUUCCCUGAACACGUGACCGUAGAGAAUCUGAAGUCUGAAGCUCUGGGACUUCCUCCAGACUCCUUUCUGUUACAUCUGUCUCAGAGUCAGAGAGGACGGGCGACUGCCAUGGUCCUGGUGGCACUUUCAACGUCAGACAAAGAAACAUGGAUGAAGGCUCUAUCAUCUAAGUGAUGGGUUCUUGAUAUGGAAACAGUUUUUUUUAACUGAAGAGUUUUAUGACUUGGUUUGUUUUGUUCUUUCUUCAGGGCUGUUUUGAAGCUCUGUUCAGCUAAAUGUGUUUGAACACUCCAUCUUUUKUUUUUUUUUUUUUUUUUUUUUUUAAAAUGACCAAACACAGCAAUUACUUAGAAAUGGGUCUUAUUUGUAUGAGCAUUUAUGGGUCUUUUUUUUUUAAGCAAUGUACCCCAAUUUUCAUAUUAAAGUCUUGAUAUUAA